AUGAGCGAGCCAACGUAUACAGCAACAUGGAUUGCACCAGAUUUCGAAAUUUUGAAAAACAAAGACCCUGGCUUAUUUAAUAGCUCAUGGUGCGAAAUGAUCCAUCCAUCGUCAAAAUGGCGAAGACGGAACGUGUACAAGUCCAAUAAGAAGACCGGUAGGAAAUGCGACGGUAUACUUUUCAUAAAAAGUAGCGUAAUAGAAAGAUUAGUGUUCGAAAAUGUUUGCUCCCCGAAAAAGGAGAAACGUCCAAAGUAUUACAAAGAUUUAAAUAAGUCAUUUCGUAAUGCUGUCGAUACUCUGUGCAAAAGAUUCUGGACAAAUAGGCAAGGAGAUGUGGAAAUCUCCAGGAAAUAUAGUGAAUUAGUUUAUAUCAAAAUCAAGGUGAACUCUAGAGGAUAUGCUUGGCCGGCAAAGACAAAUUUCUUGCUGAAAGAAUUUACAAGUUGGAAAUACCUUGGAAAUUUGAAGAUGACUGGACGAAAUUAG